AUGCGGUACAAAACCGCUGUCCUUGUUGGGGUAUGGACUGAGACUGCGCUGUGGGGAGUUUUCUUUAUUCUCUACUUGAUCUGUGCCCAUGUGCUUGUUCGCAAGCAGACGCUGCACACUAUUCAGUGGAUCCCGCUAUCCACAGCUUCGCUGCUUUUCAUGCUUGCGACUAUUCAUCUUGCUCUUCAGCUGAGGAAAGUAUACGAAGGUUUAGUGUUGUGCGCAAAUGAACCAGGCGGCCCAGAUGCCUAUUUUUUGGAUAUAAGCCGAUGGCUAAAUGUAGCUGCAGACGGCGUCUACAUCACCAUGAUCUUAGUAGGAGAUUUGGUGGUCAUUCACCGCUGUUUUCUCAUCUGGGGGAAUAGAAUCCGUAUCAUUAUACUCCCCUUUAUACUCGUUCUUUGCACAGCAGGCUACGCUGCAGUCUGGCUCUUCACUAAACUACCUCCCAAUGGUACAGCGCUCGAGGGACCGCUCGCGAAAUGUACAACCAUAACGUUCUUGUUAUCGCUCGCUACGAACAUAUUGACCACCGGGUUGAUAUCUUACCGCAUUCUUUCUACAGCACGAAAGGUUGCAUCCUCAGUCGAUGUUCGUCCCUACAUGGGUGGUUUGGCCGUGGUGAUUGAAAGUGCGGCAAUCUAUACCACUGCGUUGGUGAUUUAUCUCGUCGUCUAUAUUUCACGGACCAAUGCGCAGUACAUCGUAUUCUGCGCAUUAUGCCCUAUAAUCGGUAUUGUACCAACAUUGAUCAUUGUCAGAGUCGGACUGGGCCUCACGCGCACUUCUCAAGUUGACAUCGAGGGUCCUCCCUCUGCACCAUCACCCACUUACGACAUCUACUCUCCAACUGAUGCUCCUAUACUUCAUAUCACACAUCUACCACCAUCAUAUUCACCUGGACCGAGGUCUCCGCAUACACGGGACUUCUCAGGGUCCGAUGCCACCUGGACCGAGGGGCCUGAUGCUAUCCGCUUACAACUACGAUACUCCCAGGGUAGCGUCGGUCGUUCCAUAGCCCCGGACGACAUAUCACGAAAUAGUUCUGUAUCCUUUGGGUUGGUUCGAACCAAAACUACUGAAACAAAGAAAUAA